AUGCUAGCUCGAUGCUGUCUUUUUUCAUUAUCACAUUAUUUUUAUUAUCGACUAAUUCUAAGUUUAUUAAGUAGUUUUUUCUUGUUAUUUAAUUGUAUUUCAAAUCCUUUUUCUUCUCAUCAAUUUUUUAUAUUAUCUAAUAUUGAUAAUUUAUCCAUUCAAUAUCCGUUUAUAAAUACAACCUUAUCAAAAACAGAUUUUCCAUUUACUCAUCAUAAAAUAAAUACAAAAACUAAUCGUACUAUUUUUCUAGUUAUUACAUCAGCUAUUUAUAAUGAUGAUUAUAUUCAAGGUAUUAAAGUACUUGGUUAUACUCUUCGACGAAUAGAUAUACAAGCUGAUCUUAUUCUUUUCUAUAUUUCAAAUCGUUUAAAACAAUCAAUAUUUAAUCGUUGUCAAAAAGUCGGAUGA